AGCAGGUGAGUGCGGGCGAGCUCAGGAGAGGGUUGGGGGGCCGCGGCCCGGCCUGACCCCGGGUCACCGUCGGGCCACUCGGGCGGGGCCGCGCCGCCAGGCCUGCUUCCUCCUCUCCGGGCUGCGCUGGGCCGGCUCCAGCCUCCACCCGGGUCCGCGGCCCGCGCCCUGACUCACCUCCUGGCCCCCGCCCCGCCUGCCGCGCCACUGGUCAGCCGGGAGGGCGGUGUCUGCGGGCGGGACUUCCCGGGCAGCCUCCCGGGAGGAGGAGGGCAAAGGCCGACUGCCCCAACCCGGCCCCGGGCAGCGCCUACGGGUUUUGUGCCAGACAGGCCGUUUCCAGGGACAGGCAGUUCCCAGCCUCUGCCUGUCAGAACUCAGGGCCUCAGAGGAAGGCCCGUUUUGUUCAGUUCUAAAACAAAACAAAACAAAGCAAUGGGGGGCGCGGUGUGACUUAGAGAGCCAGGAGGCGCGCCUUUGGUGACAAUUUCUGCAGGUGUCACCUCCUUCAGCAGGACAGAGGCUAAGAGGAGUCCCUGUGUGUGCAGCUGGAGCCUUCAGAUUCUCUUCAGGGGAAGAGUCCACAUCCCACCUCAUCAUGUCCCGAAGAAGCCAGCGCCUCACGCGCUACUCCCAGGGUGACGAUGACGGCAGCAGCAGCAGCGGAGGGAGCUCGGUGGCUGGGAGUCAGAGCACCCUGUUUAAAGACAGCCCUCUCAGGACCUUGAAGAGGAAAUCCAGCAACAUGAAGCGCCUGUCCCCAGCGCCACAGCUGGGCCCGUCCUCUGAUGCACACACCUCCUACUACAGUGAGUCGCUGGUCCGCGAGUCCUGGUUCCCACCCAGGAGCUCCCUGGAGGAACUGCAUGGUGACGCCAACUGGGGUGAGGACCUGCGGGUGCGGAGGAGGAGAGGCACGGGCGGCUCAGAGAGCAGCAGGGCCAGCGGGCUCGUGGGGCGCAAGGCCACCGAGGACUUCCUGGGCUCUUCCUCGGGCUACUCCUCUGAGGACGACUAUGUGGGCUACUCGGAUGUGGACCAGCAGAGUUCCGGCUCACGGCUCCGAAGCGCCGUCUCACGGGCGGGCUCCUUACUCUGGAUGGUGGCCACUUCGCCAGGCCGGCUCUUCAGACUUCUCUACUGGUGGGCUGGCACCACCUGGUACCGCCUGACCACAGCUGCCUCCCUCCUUGACGUCUUCGUUUUAACCAGGCGCUUCUCGUCCCUGAAGACGUUCCUCUGGUUCCUGCUGCCGCUGCUCUUGCUGACGUGCCUGACGUAUGGCGCUUGGUAUUUCUACCCCUAUGGGCUGCAGACAUUCCACCCUGCUUUGGUUUCCUGGUGGGCAGCGAAGGACAGCAGGAGGCCGGAUGAGGGCUGGGAAGCCAGAGACUCAUCGCCACAUUUCCAGGCUGAGCAGCGUGUUAUGUCCCGGGUACACUCUCUGGAGCGGCGUCUGGAAGCUCUUGCUGCUGAAUUUUCCUCCAACUGGCAGAAGGAGGCCAUGCGGCUGGAACGUCUGGAGCUGCGGCAAGGGGCUCCUGGCCAGGGAGGUGGUGGUGGCCUGAGCCACGAGGACACCCUGGCGCUGCUGGAGGGGCUAGUGAGCCGCCGUGAAGCUGCCCUGAAGGAGGAUUUCCGCAGGGAAACUGCUGCUCGCAUCCAGGAAGAACUGUCUGCCCUGAGAGCAGAGCAUCAGCAAGACUCAGAAGACCUCUUCAAGAAGAUCGUCCGGGCCUCCCAGGAGUCCGAGGCUCGCAUCCAGCAGCUGAAGUCAGAGUGGCAAAGCAUGACCCAGGAGUCCUUCCAGGAGAGCUCUGUGAAGGAGCUGAGGCGGCUGGAGGACCAGCUGGCCGGCCUGCAGCAGGAGCUGGCGGCUCUGGCACUGAAGCAGAGCUCGGUGGCGGAUGAAGUGGGCCUGCUGCCCCAGCAGAUCCAGGUCGUGCGGGAUGACGUGGAAUCUCAGUUCCCGGCCUGGAUCAGUCAGUUCCUUGCCCGAGGUGGAGGGGGCCGCGUGGGGCUCCUUCAGAGAGAGGAGAUGCAAGCUCAGCUGCGAGAGCUGGAGAGCAAGAUCCUCACCCAUGUGGCAGAGAUGCAGGGCAAGUCGGCCAGGGAAGCUGCGGCCUCCCUGGGCCUGACGCUGCAGAAAGAAGGUGUGAUUGGAGUGACAGAGGAGCAGGUGCACCACAUCGUGAAGCAGGCCCUGCAGCGCUACAGUGAGGACCGCAUCGGGCUGGCAGACUACGCCCUGGAGUCAGGAGGGGCCAGCGUCAUCAGCACCCGAUGUUCUGAGACCUACGAGACCAAGACGGCCCUCCUCAGCCUCUUCGGCAUCCCCCUGUGGUACCACUCCCAGUCACCCCGAGUCAUCCUCCAGCCAGAUGUGCACCCAGGCAACUGCUGGGCCUUCCAGGGGCCACAGGGCUUCGCCGUGGUCCGCCUCUCUGCCCGCAUCCGCCCCACGGCCGUUACCUUAGAGCAUGUGCCCAAGGCCUUGUCACCCAACAGCACUAUCUCCAGUGCCCCCAAGGACUUCGCCAUCUUUGGGUUUGACGAAGACCUGCAGCAGGAGGGGACACUCCUUGGCAAGUUCACUUACGAUCAGGACGGCGAGCCUAUUCAGACGUUUCACUUUCAGGCCCCUACGAUGGCCACGUACCAGGUGGUGGAGCUGCGGAUCCUGACUAACUGGGGCCACCCCGAGUACACCUGCAUCUACCGCUUCAGAGUGCAUGGGGAGCCCGCCCACUAGCCCUGCUUACUGGUGCCUGCUGCCAGCCAUCUGGGAGUGGGUGAACAGCACCCCGCCGCUUCCCCCACACGCUUGCUCGGCGCUCUGACUUCUAGGAGCACAAGAGAGGAGCCUGUGGCCCCAUGCAGAUGAAAAGGACGGGCAGGGUCUCCUGAGCAGCAGGCGGCUCGAGGCGGUUAGCAGGCUCCAGCAGCUCCCUUCUUCCUUCCCUCCGUGCCCGUGGCGUCUGCUUCCCAUCCUGGGAGUGUGUAUAUAUGUAGCAUAUCAUGGGGGACUGGGAAGUUGGGAGAGGUAGGACCUGACUGGUGUUGGCUGGGGUCAGGGGCUGGUGCCUGGGAGCUGCUGAAGGGAGGCCUACGGAUGAAGCAGGUGCCAGGGCUGUGGGAGGGGCGAGCUACGGCCUGGGCUAGGUGAGCUGCCUCUGCCCCUGGGCAGGGAAGCGAGGCCCUCUGGGAGGAGGGUGCUUAGCUCCAGAGCAGGAUGGGACUUCCCCAGGCAGGAAGCACCUGAUGGAGAGCUGCCCAGCUCUCCUACAAGGUUAGUGCCCUCCACCUAGGGAAGCCUGAACCACAGGGUCCCUGAGGGCCUUCGACAAAAGUGUGUAUUUGUCCCGGGGAGGGUAGCAGUGGGCCAUGGGGCUUCUUGUGCCCUAAAGGGGACUGGCUGCUGUGAUCUUCUAAGGGGCCCAGGGCCAACCCUGUAGGCUUCCCCUCUGCUGGGGACGGUAGUUGCUUUUCUCUCUCCUGAUGCUAGGUUGGGGCCCACCCUGCUCCCUGUUCCUGCUAGGGCCUGCCAGUGCCCCUGAGCUUGCUUUCCACAUUCUCCCAGGGUAUGCAGACCUAGACCUGUCUUUGGGGCCAUUAGCAUCUGGGGUUAUAGCAAGAAGAGUGGGGAGCAUGGAACUCCUGGGCUCUUGUGGGGACGUUCAGGGUAUCGGGGUGCGAGGUCUGUCUGCACCGGCCCCCACAUCUAACCAGGCCCUGAUGUAGGGGUCGUCCGCUCAGGCUGCCCCCUUGGGCUCUUGCAGCUCUUGUUCAGGUAGUCGCCCUUCUGGUUUGUUCUCUGUGGGGCAGUUGGUGGGGGCUGGGGGAAGAGGCUGGCAGAAGUUACCCUGGAUAGGGAAGGGGGAGGAGGGGACUUUUAGAGCCAGCAGGCCCCAUUGUAUUAUGUAUAUAUUUUUCAAGGUCUGUUUUUCUAACUGAAAAGCUAAGGGCUUGAUUCCUAGCCCCGUUCUGUGGGGCACUGGGUGAUACUCAGUUUCUUGUUCCUGGCCGUGGAGAGGGGCCUGGGGCACUGGUUCCGGCUGUGUCUGGUGGUCCGGCUGCGGGGAAGGGGCAAGAAGGCGGGCAGGCCUUCACUGCAGCACUGAGCCUCAAAUCCGCUCUGGAGCAUGAGGCUGGAUGCAGUGGUGGUGAGGCCGCCCCUGCUCCAUCCCGAGGCAGCCAGGCUUUGUUUUGCGCUCUCCUGUCACAAAUGCUGCACUAUUGGUUCUUAAGUUUUUUAUCUCCAGAUCCUAAUUUAUGCCUAUGCAAAAAAUAAAUGACGCCCAAGA